GCUGGUUAUCUAGGGUGUCCCCCCCAUCCCUGAAAAGUACCUUCUGAGACAUGCUGGCCUCAUCCUCCCAAAAGCCAUAAAAGUCCUCAAUUUUUCUUUGAUAUUAUGAACUCCCAAAUCACUUGAACCCCAGGGGAGUCAGAUAGAACCCACUUCCAGGGAGGAAAGAGGAUGACUUCUAUCCUGUGAUUAAAAAGAGAAAGAGAAGUGAAGGAGGGGAGAGACUGGCCUGAAGUCACAGGUGGUCACCGGCACAAGCUGAAAUUCUGAUUCUCAGUUGUAGCCCACCUCCUGGGGUGGUGGGGAUGGAGAGGCUAAUGCCAGCCUGCACCCACCUCUUCUGAUGCUGAGCCAGUGUCCUUUCCCUGCUAUGGUGGGAUGAGAGGCAGCUGUCACAGUCAUAAUGCUCCCGGGUCACAGAGGUGCUGGGUCCUAGUCAGCCUGUGCCUGGUAAGUUCCCUCUGGGAACGUCUUCUGGUGGGUACUUCGGGCCUGAUUCCAGGCCCUAUGGCCUUUGGAACCUCACCACUGGGGGGAAGGCUGGGCCGGACGAAGUCAUCGCCUGUGGUGCCGGCCCCAUGGAUGAGAUGGAGUGGACACAAAGGCAACCCAAGCUGGAGGACCUAAGGGUUGGGCUCAUCAGCUGGGCAGGAUCCUACCUCACUUACGAGCCGUAUAAGAAUAUGGUCACCGCUACUGCAAAGGGUUUGGGCCGGAGACAGACCUGGGAAAUCCUGGUCAGCAAUGAGCACGACACACAGGCUGUGGUACGACUAAGGAGCUUGCAGGGCCUCUACGUCUUAUGUGAGGCAGAUGGCAGUCUGUGCUACGACCGGCCAAGGACCAGCCACCACGGAUGCUUCCUACUCCGUUUCCACCGCAAUGGCAAGUGGACCCUCCAGUGCAUAAUCAGCGGCCGUUAUCUGGAGUCUGAUGGCCAGGAUGUGUUCUGCAACUCCCGGGUCCUCUCAGCUUAUCACAUGUGGACCCCCCGGCCAGCCCUGCAUGCCCACGUGAUCCUGUAUAGCCCCCUCCACCGCUGCUAUGCCAGGGCCGACCCCACUCUGAGUCGUGUCUGGGUGGAUGCACCAAUACCCUACCUGGGGGAAUGUGGAUUCCUGUUGCAUUUCCAAGACGGAUGCUACCACCUGGAGAGCUCGACACACUGCUUCUUGUCCCACUUAGACCGGCUGGUCUCCCAACCCUCAACACAGACCGCUUUUCACAUGCAAGUGCGGCCUGGAGGGCUCGUGGCACUGAGCGAUGGAGAAGGGGGCAUGUUGUACGCACAGGGCCCACGCCUGCUCCUGGGCCUGGGCUCCAGUCCCCAUAGGGGCGAGGAGUGGUUCAUCCUACAGCAUUGCCCCACCUGGGUCAGCCUCAGGUCAAGGAGUCGGAAGUUCCUCUCUGUCAUCUACGAUGUUGAGGUGUAUGCUGCCUCUGAGCACCUAACUCCAAUGUCGUUGUUCCAGUUUGAAAGUGACAAUGACAACCUCACUUUGCAGCUUCGUUCUGCCAAUGGUUGCUACCUAGCCCAGAGGCGCCACAGGACAGUGUUGGCUAAUGGGCACCCGCUGGAGUGCGACACCUUCUUCCGUAUGCACUGGAAUUGUGGCAGGAUCAUCCUGCAGUCUCCCAACAGACGCUUCUUGGGCAUCGCACCCAACGGCCUACUGAUGGCCAGUGUCACCAUUCCAGGCCCAAAUGAGGAAUUUGGGAUUCGGUUAGCCAACCGCCCCUUCCUCGUAUUGCGAGGUCGGUAUGGGUACGUGGGCAUCUCACCGGAACAUGACCUCAUGCAGUGCAACAUGGACCAGCCCAACUGCAUUCACCUGCUGCCCUGCCGCCAGGGCAUCUACCACUUCCAGGCACAGGGUGGAUCCUUCUGGUCAAUAACAUCCUUUGGCACCUUCCGCCCUUGGGGAAAGUUUGCCCUCAACUUUUGUAUCGAGCUUCAAGGGAGCAACUUGCUCACAGUGCUGGCACCCAAUGGCUUCUACAUGAGAUCCGACCGAAGCGGCACCCUGUUUGCAGACAGCGAGGACAUUACCAAAGAGUGUAUUUGGGAAUUUUAGGUCAGUGGGUUGCCACCUACCGAAAUCCAACUCCUCCAGGAGAAAAAUACUACACUAAACAGAACAGGAACCCCAGAGUCAAGAUCCAUGAGAAGAAAAUCUGUUACACAACUUUUCCUACCCAGUUUAGCAAAACAUCUGUUUCAAGCAACAAUACAUCAAAAAGGCCACCCCCAAGACCUUGGUGUGCAUCUUACUUAGUACAGAGUAAGGGUGUCAAGGGUGGGGGGUGUAAAGUUGAGACUGAGGCUCUAGCCAGAAGAGGAGAGACCAAAUGGUAACUAGAAGAUCAAUGGAUCUUCCAUUGAUCCUUCUCACCCCUACCAAAACCACCAGACUUUUCCCAUUGAUGCCAUGAGGAAUUAGCCUUGCCCUGAAGGAUUCAGAAUCCAGAUACAACUAAUUGUCUUUGGUCUAGAAAGAAUGAAGGAUUAUCAAUCUUAUGGGCACAGGAUAAUGGUAAUAAUACCUUAUGCCUGUGUAGCCUACCUCCUCACCACCACUCCGUCACCUCCAAAGUUUACCAAUCAUCCCACCUUAUUGCCUGUGGUCCAGUCAGUUGGGCACAACAGGUACUUUCCCCGUCAUUGCCCACCUUUUACAGAGAGCUGGAAUAAUUUGCCCAAGGUCCCAUGACUGAGACCUCUGGCUCAAUUCUUUGAUUAGAGUGGACUCUAAUGUUCACUCAUCUUUCCAUCAAAACGUAGCUUCCAAAGUGGCUGUUGUUCUUGCACUGUCUUCAUAACUUCCGUGUUCAUCUGCUUGCCAUCAAUCCUAUUUAUGUUUUUAUUGAUGUAGACUCUUAAGUACAUUUAUUUAGAAAGGAAUAUUUUAAUCACUGUCGUAAAAUGGAAGACCAGAAUUGCUUGCCAUGAACAGAAAAUGACCAUAACAAUAAAUACAAUGAAAACAAAGUGAUGUUAUCAAUCCUCGUUAGAGUUUUCC